AUGAGACUAGUGACAAUGAUCGGUGUAGCAGACGAGGUCGGGCCUAGUACCUAUGAAGCCAACGAGGCGACGCACUUCAACGUCAAGAAACAGAUUCUUGGCGAUUCCAAAUACUAUAAUGACAUCGCCCUCAAGGUCUACAGCAACAUGGGCUCUCUGAUGGCCCAAGACAUUGAAACUGACGGCCAUUUAUUUACCUUUGGCAAGCCCAUGCUCGAUUACACUGCGGAAAACCAGUAG